UAGUGCCCUCAUUAAGGGUCUCUCGUCUUCUUGGUUAUUCAUUUUUGGUGCCAUAAGCAUAGUGGGAGAGAAUGGUUAGGGUUUGGAACUCAUGGUGGGUUUUUGUUUCUGUGCUGCUUUUGUUCCAUGUCACCUCUUCGCAUUUCAUCGUCAAGAAUUUACCAGGUUUUGGGGAUCUUCCAUUCACAUUGAAUACUGGAUACAUUGGUGUGGGAGAAAGAGAAGAAGUGCAGCUAUAUUAUUACUUUGUUGAAUCUCAAAGGAGUCCCUUGAAUGACCCUUUUCUUCUUUGGCUCGUUGGAGGUCCAGGUUGCUCUGCACAUUCUGCUUUCUUCUAUGAAAAUGGGCCAUUAAUUUUUAAUUAUGAGGAUUUUAAUGGGAGCUCUCCAACACUUCUAUUGAAUCCGAACACUUGGACAAAGGUACUCAACAUAUUAUAUGUCGAUGCACCCGUUGGAACGGGAUACUCUUACUCAAAAACACAAGAAGGCUAUUAUAGCAAUGACAAGCAAUUGGUGGAACACAUCUAUGAUUUUCUCCAAAAGUGGCAGGUGGAUUACCCUGAAUUCAGAUCGAACCCCUUUUACAUUGGUGGUGGUUCUUAUUCAGGCAAAGUUGUUCUUCCCCUUGCUCACAAAAUAUACGAAGAUUAUAAAGCAGGACGCUCACCAAUCCUGAACUUCCAAGGCUUUGUGCUUUCAAGUCCAAGCAUCGACACUUUCCUGGACAAUAACACAAAAGUUGAAUUUGCUCACCAACGGACACUUAUAUCGGAUGAAUUGUAUGAGUCAAUUAAAUCUAAUUGCAAUGGUGAUUAUGUCAAUCUUGAUCCUAACAACAAAAAUUGUAUGUCAGAUUAUGAAGCCUACUAUGAGUUAAUUCGUUACAUAGAUGAAUACCAAAUUUUGCGACGAAGUUGCAAGCUUGCAUCUAAGGAGAAUCAAAGAAUUCUUUCCGAAGAGUUUAAAAAUAUCCGCCAAACCAAAUUUAGGUGUCGGGAUGACGAAUACGCGGUUGGAGAAUUAUGGGCAAAUGACCCACAUGUUCUAAAGGCUCUUCGAGUUAGAGAGGGAACUAAAGAGGAGUUCCGAAGAUGCAAUCACAGUUCUGCAUUUACAUUGAACGUUCCUAGUGUCGUUGAAUACCUUCAAAAUCUUACAAACACAAACUUGCGAUCUCUAAUUUACUGCGCCGAUCUUGACCUAGCGUUACCAUAUCUUAGUUCACUUUCUAUUGUCAAGUCGCUCAAAUUGAAAUUGGAUAUGGCUUGGCAUCCAUGGUUCGUUGAUGGUGAAGUGGCAGGAUAUGCAGAGGAACACAAGAAAAGUGAGUAUUGUCUAACGUACGCCAUUGUGAAGGGAGCGGGUCAUGUGGCGCAAGAGACUAAGCCUAAGGAGGUAUAUGAAAUGAUUGAUAGAUGGUUGUCAUUUUCAGAUAUAUAAUGAACUAUUUAAUUUGUAGAUGUAAUUUGGGAGUUUUAAUUUUUUUUUUUUCCUUUUGCUUUGCAACAUAAGGUUAUGUAUACGUUUUUUCUUAUUAUUAAAUACCAAAAGAAAUUUGCGUGUUCGU